CCCCCGCGGCCUGGCACCGGAGCCACCAUGUCGUUCGCGCUGGAGGAGACGCUCGAGUCGGACUGGGUGGCCGUGAGGCCCCAUGUGUUCGACGAGCGCGAGAAGCACAAGUUCGUCUUCAUUGUGGCCUGGAACGAGAUUGAGGGCAAGUUUGCCAUAACCUGCCACAACCGGACGGCCCAGAGGCAGAGGAGCGGCUCCCGGGAGCAGGCGGGGGCACGAGGAGGCGCUGAGCCGGGAGCACCCGCGUCCGACGGGACCCGCGCGCCAGGCAGCCCAGCGGGCAAGGGCCGGCCCGAGGCCACGGCCUCUGCGACUCUGGGUAGAAGCCCGGGGUCCCGGAGGAGCGCGGCCUGGGCGGAGGGCGGCUCUCCGCGGAGCGCGCGCAGCCUUCGUGGGGACCCGCUUCUGCGGUGUCCCGCCGGCAAAGGGGCGGAGAGCCCCCUCAGGAGCCCAGUGCGGGCCAAGACCAGCCCGGUCCGAAGGGGAUCUGAAGGCAAAGAUGUGGCGGGGGCCGCUGCAGCAGCGACCCCGCCGGCGCCCAGGGAGGUCCCGUUGUCCUCCGUGCGAGUAGUGAGUGCUUGCGGGGCGGUCUCCGAGGAGAUAGAGGUGCUGGAAAUGGUGAGGGAGGACGAGGUGGCCCCGGCGGCCCUGGCGCUGUCGGACGCGGAGCAGCCGCCUUCCACCGUCGAGCUGGAGUCCCCGGCCGAGGAGUGUAGCUGGGCCGGGCUCUUCUCCUUCCAGGAUCUCCGUGCUGUGCACCAGCAGCUGUGUUCUGUGAACUCGCAGCUGGAGCCGUGCCUGCCCGUAUUCCCCGAGGAGCCCUCGGGCAUGUGGACCGUGUUGUUCGGGGGCGCCCCAGAGAUGACCGAGCAGGAGAUCGACACUCUGUGUUACCAGCUCCAGGUCUACCUGGGCCAUGGCCUGGACACCUGCGGCUGGAAGAUCCUCUCCCAGGUACUUUUCACUGAGACCGAUGAUCCCGAGGAGUAUUACGAAAGCCUUAGCGAGCUGCGGCAGAAGGGCUAUGAAGAAGUGCUUCAGCGGGCCAGGAAGCGCAUCCAGGAGCUCUUGGAUAAGCACAAGAAUACAGAAAGCAUGGUGGAGCUUCUGGACUUGUAUCAGAUGGAGGAUGAAGCCUAUAGCAGCCUUGCAGAAGCCACAACUGAAUUAUAUCAGUAUUUACUACAGCCAUUCCGAGACAUGAGAGAGCUUGCCAUGCUACGGAGACAACAGAUCAAGAUUUCCAUGGAGAAUGAUUAUCUGGGUCCCCGAAGAAUUGAAAGUCUACAAAAAGAAGAUGCUGAUUGGCAGCGAAAAGCUCACAUGGCUGUGCUGUCUAUUCAAGAUCUUACUGUCAAGUAUUUUGAAAUCACAGCGAAAGCACAAAAAGCUGUGUACGAUCGAAUGCGAGCAGAUCAGAAGAAAUUUGGUAAAGCAUCAUGGGCAGCAGCUGCAGAACGUAUGGAAAAACUCCAAUACGCGGUUUCUAAGGAGACUCUGCAGAUGAUGAGAGCAAAGGAGAUCUGUUUGGAGCAGAGGAAACAUGCACUAAAAGAAGAGAUGCAGAGUUUGCAGGGUGGUACAGAAGCCAUAGCACGAUUGGAUCAGUUAGAAGCUGAUUAUUAUGAUCUGCAACUUCAGUUGUAUGAAGUACAGUUUGAAAUCCUGAAGUGUGAAGAGUUAUUAUUGACAGCCCAACUAGAAAGCAUCAAAAGACUUAUAUCGGAAAAGAGAGAUGAAGUAGUUUACUAUGACACUUACGAAAGCAUGGAGGCCAUGCUGGAGAAGGAAGAGAUGGCAGCGUCUAUGCACUUACAGAGAGAAGAGCUACAGAAACUUCAGCAGAAAGCACGCCAGCUGGAAGCAAGACGUGGUCGGGUGUCAGCCAAGAAAGCCUACCUCAGAAAUAAAAAGGAAAUUUGUAUUGCAAAACACAAUGAAAAGUUCCAACAGCGCCUUCGGAAUGAAGAUGAAUAUAGAACCCAUCACACAGUACAACUAAAGAGAGAAAAAUUACAUGAUGAAGAAGAAAGAAAAAGUGCUUGGGUUAGCCAGGAGAGACAGAGAACACUGGAUAGACUUCGAACUUUUAAACAGAGGUACCCUGGCCAAGUCAUACUUAAAUCAACCAGAUUGCGACUGGCUCAUGCCAGAAGAAGAAGCACAGCCAGUCCUGUGCCCUGUGAAGACCAGUGUGACCCUCUGCCAGGAGCGCUCCAGCCAGAAGAGAAAAGUGAAAAGGUGGAGGAAGGAAGAGGGAAGCUUGGGUCAUCACAGAAAACAGAAGCCCAAAGCCUCUUACAACUUGAAGAUACUUCAUUAGCACAACUUGAAGCCACUUCAUUACCUCUCAGUGGUGUUACCUCUGAACUGCCGUCCACUGUAUCUCUUCCAGUUUUGAAUAAUAUUGACCUCGAACCAGGUUCUAUUACCACAGCUCCACUCCCCCCACCUCUUCCCCCAACACCACCUCCCCCACCCCCGCCUCCCCCUCCCCCUCCACCACCCCCUUUGCCUGUUGCUAAGGACAGCUCCCUAGAGAUACUGGAGAAAGGUCUGCCUAUAACAGAGGGGAAUGAGAAGAGGAUCCCAAAGUCUGCGAGUGCACCCUCAGCACAUCUCUUUGACAGCAGCCAGCUGGUCAGUGCCAGGAAGAAGCUGAAAAAGACUGCUGAAGGUUUACAGAGGAGAAGAGUGAGCUCACCCAUGGAUGAGGUGCUAGCUUCCUUGAAGCGUGGUAGUUUUCAUCUGAAAAAGGUUGAACAGCGAACUCUGCCUCCUUUUCCUGAUGAAGAUGAUAGUAAUAAUAUCUUGGCACAAAUCAGGAAAGGGGUAAAAUUGAAGAAGGUACAGAAGGAAGUGCUGAGAGAAUCCUUCACACUUCUGCCUGACACAGACCCUCUAACACGGAGCAUCCAUGAAGCUCUUAGAAGAAUCAAAGAAGCGUCCCCUGAGUCAGAGGAUGAAGAGGAAGCUUUGCCUUGCACAGAUUGGGAAAAUUAACAGGUGACUCAACAGAAAGAAAAAAACACCUACAGUUAAAGAUCAAAGAUUUGUUUUUGGAAAACAAAAGUUUAAUGUGUGAUUUCCCCAACUGGAUUCCACAAGAUGCAAAGUGUGUUGGCUCAGUGGUAUGAAAAAAAUGGAAGCACAAUUGGCAAGUUACCACUUUUGCAGUCAGUCCAGUAUUUGGUGGGUAACAUGAGUUUUAGAUGUGCAGUGCUCCCGAUGCAAUGAAGAAAAGGCCUUCCAGAGAUGCCUGGUUUUUUAAGCACCUUCCCCUCCUGUCCACCCAUGUUCAUCCUUGUAGUGGCCAGUCAAGCUAGGGGUCGCUCCGAGUUGGAAAAACACUGGGUUGACAGAGAUCUACUGUGAGCUGUGUCGGGACUGCUUUGAAAUCCAUCUUUAAGUGCACUGAAUAGUCCUCUGCUUGAAAACACAGAGCUUCUUCUAUAUCAGCUUGUAUAAAUAGUGUGACACUCUGAAAAAGAAGUUUAUCAUGAUAGCUAUAGGACAGGAAUUGGAAAGAAUCAGAUGGAAAUGCACUGAAAAUUUCCACAUUACUCAUCUCCAAAGGAGUUUUCAUAAAGAUGUUCAACAUCUGAAAAGAUACAUAACCAUGGAGAUACACUUAAUGUGUUUACCACAACAUGAUACAUUAAACAUGCAUAUUUUUAAAAGACCACAUACUCACUUUGUAAGGUUUUGAAGUAAAAAUUUCCAUGCUUUUAAAUAGCUCUUCAUAAUUGUGAAUUUAUAAUAGUUUGAAUUUCAUGUGCAGCUUUGUUUAUGAAAAGCAAUACUUUGUAACUUGAUAAUUCAGAUUAUUUUUAGUCCUUUUGUUUGAACGAUUGCUUGAUUAGUGUAAUUCAACGUGACUUUCCUAUUGAGAAUCAGAAAUGAGGAUUCAGUAAUAGGGAUGCAGAUCUCGUCUGUUUAACAUGCACCAUUUAAGUUUUUCUUUUUAUGCUCCACAGUGAAGUGCACUCUACAGAUAUGCAGAAAGUAGACAGGCAGAAAAGCCUCCUUGGCUGGCAUUUCACUAUCUUCACAUGUUUCGAGUGGAACUUGGGGAGAGGACCUUUGUUAUUGUCAGUAGACCUUUUAAAACCUAUGUAUGUAGUUCUAGGUGCUGAUUUUGCUAUAAGGAGUCCUGAAGGACGCAUUUAUAUGAAUGGAGCCAUUAUGAAUUCUCAGCAGGAGUGUUGUGGGCUUGAAUGAAGGUAGAUAUGUUGGACCCAGUCUACAGUAUUCUGUAAAGUGUAAUUCUGCAUCAGACAGAUUUUGGCCUUUAUAUGAAGGGAGUUAAGUAAGGACUGAUGUACCAAAAAGAACCUUUAUUUCUUCUGAGACAUUUCUCUGUCCUAGACCCAGAAAGCAGUCCCGGAGUAAAAGCCCUCCAAUGUAUAUGAAUUGGUUUUUCAGAAGAGAGAAAAAAAUGCUUACACCUUUGUCACUUUAAGAUGUAUUUCCUUUAAAAUAAUUAUGGAGAAAAAUUUCUGUUUAUUGACGAGAGUAGGAACUUUUGCACAGUUUUUUUUCACAAUACAUUAGUUUUAUUCUUAUGUUAUUCCUAUAUCUUGGAAGAUUAAAAUAUAUAUCUAAUGUAGAGACUCAAUCUUUAUCCCACAGUGGGAGAGGUGGAUGAGGAAUUUUCCUCAUUUCCUUCAGUAAAACAUUGAAGAGUGCUUUUCAACCAAAAGAAUGAUUGGUUUGAUUAAUAUAAUUUGGUGAAAAAAAAUGUUUAAGCAAAUUUACAAACCUUAAAAAAAUCAUGUAUCAAUUUUAAGCCUUUGGAUGCAUAUGAAUAAGUUUUUUCAUUCAUUGAUAUUUAGAAAAAUACAGAACUUAACAUUUUAAAUUAACAGCAAAAGCACUAGAACUUUUAUCUGUUAGGAAUUUGCUCCCCAGUUACAGCUGGGAUUCCAUCAGAAGACAGGCUCACUUACAAAUGGAUACUGUAAUUUGUCUUCCAGAACCAUGUUCUGCUAAGUCUCCAGUACUCUGGAGUGGGUACAGACCCUUGUGAAUCCUUUAGGGGUGCAUCUGAAACUCUGUGUACAUCCCACUGUGGCACUUCAUGAAGAUUAUCUCUGUUGAAAAUGAUGAGUAGGUUAAAGCAAAGCCUCGUUAACAACCAGCUCUGCUUAUUCUCUGCUAAAUAAACUUUCUCUACUACACCUAUUUUCCAUCCUUAAGAUUCAAAUUCCUGCCUCCACAGAAUUACAAGUUACUGCAGAUCAUCCACCUUGGGAGUUCUCACAAUGUUUAAAUUUCAGAUAACUACAGUCCAGUUGUCCAAGAUGAGAUUACCAGUUGAAUCCUCAAGUUAAUUUUUUUUUCCCUCAUGUUAAUUUUAAAGCAGUUUUGGAACCCAACGGUUUUGUAAGCAUAAUUCCCACCACCACCACCACCCCGCCCUUAAAAAAAGCAGUGUCUUUGCCCUUAAUAUUAAAUUUUAAUAUAUUUAAUUAGGAUAGUAUUUAUAGAUGACCACAUGUUUUAAGUUCCAAACUUGCCCACAUACUAUUUCUAUGGUUUAAAAUAUUUGAGAGUUUUAUCUCAAUGUAUCCUUUCUGUCAAAAGAAUCCACAAACAGCUGCUUGCUUGUGCCGAAUCCCUUUAGAAGUCCGUUUACCAAUCUAGUCCUCGACAGUAAUAUAUUUUAAAUAGGAAAACAAAUAGGUAACUUGAGGAUAUUUUAAGGUUAAGGUUACUGCUCACUUGAAUGCCAUUUUUAAAUUGUUCUCCCACUUAGUCACAGUGCUGUGUCUAUAACCAGUGUGGUACUUUGAGGGAAGUUAUUCCUAAUCUCAGACCUGGGUGGUACUGUGAUGUAGCUUUCUGACGAAACACCUGGCUAAAGAAGAUUUUUUAAAGAUGAGCAGUUACCUUCCUUACUUGAUGUAUGUCUAUAGAUUUUGAGUUUAUGAGCGGCCUAAGAACAAUCAUUCACUAGUUGUCCUAGUUGUUCAUUUUAACAAAUUUAGAUGCAAUUGUAAAUGAUGUUGAUCAGGUGUAGUAGUUAACACAGUGGGAAUAUGGGAUUUUCCUCAUUGUGUGAAACCACAGGGAAUUUUCAGCACUUUGAUUUACUCUGUAAAAAUGGGGCAAAAAUCCUUGUUUCUACAAAGCUGAACUGUACAGCAUUUUUUGGUAACAUAUGGCAUGACCACUUUGCCAUAAAAUGUGUUAAAUUCUGAGGCAUACUUCGGCCAUAGAAGGCACUAAGAAUUAAAACUCCUAUCAGUGGAACAAAAAUGAACGGGCAGCAUCCUCUGUUUGGAAUGGGACCAGUGUACAGUUAACAAAAGUUAAUUUUAUACAUUCCUUAAGAUUUCAUUUUUUAAUUGCAUUCAUUGAAUUUGUGUAUAAAUUUAAGAUAAUGCCUACGUCAGUUUAGUCUUAGCCUAAGGAAAGUUUUUUCUUCCACUAAAUAUAAGGUCUUGGGGUGGUCGGUGUUUUUGUUUUCUGUUGUUUUUUUUUUAAUAACCUUUAUAAUUUAAUUAUUAUGCACAUAAUAAUACCAGAUACCAAUCUGUCAAGUUCUAUAGUAAGAGGUUCCUUAAAGGCCUUAUCAGGGAGCUCAGAUUGCAUAACAUUAUUUCCAGGCUAUUUGUAAGAAAGCAUUUUAAACAGCUGUAAAAACAUUUAAAAACUGUGGCAGAUGCAUUGUUAACUUGCAGCCGUUUGAUAAUAAGAGCAGAAACCUUAACAAGUUUUACCUAAUUCUUGCACUGAAUUUAAAUGAUAAUAUAAAGUUAAAUGUGCAUUUUAAGCAGAUUUUAUUUCACAUUUCUAGCUUAGCAUAUGAGAAAAGCUAUGCUUAGUGUUAGAGGACUGACAGGCAAGAUAUAUUCCAGAUGGAAGAGGUAAGAGAAUGGAAGCACCUUACUGUUGAAGCAUGUUGCGUUUAGUUAGUGCUGCUGAACAAUUCAGUAGUUACUUCUGAACUUUGCUGCAAAGUGCUCUUUAGUUAAAGCACAUAGAGAGGGAUCUCUGCCUAAUUGCUUUGUAAAUUGAAGCAAUGGUGUUUUUUAUUCUAUAAAUAGUCUAAUUUUAAAGUUUUUCCUACAAAAUGAGUUUAUAUUGCUGCCUAAGCUAUCAUGUAUGUAAACAGAGGGUUUUUUUUUUUAAGAGUGAGAAGAAAUCGGUGUCCUGUGUGUGCGUGUGCACGCGCACAUGUGGUGUGUUUGCCCAUUGGGUUAUUUGGAAGAUAUGUUCAUUCUAAAAUGUUCUGUUUUGCCCACAAGCAUAAAUGUACAGCUUGGUAUUUGAGGGGUUUAAUUGAUUGAAUUCAAAUUUAUAAGUGUUUCUCCCCUUCCCCACUUUUAUUAUGCCACUGUAAGGUGCAUGUACAGAAAAUACGUCGGAGGUUGACAUAUAAUAAAUACUUCAUCAAGGCUAUUUCACAUUGAAACUCAAAGCAGUCAUUUGUUUUGAGAGUUAAGGAAAAGUUUUUUGUUAGUUUUUUUAAAAAUCAUUUAUAACUAAGGGUGGCUCAAUUUGGGGGAAUUAAGGGUGGAGAGGAAAGAAAGACAGUGGGAAGUGAUUUUUAGAUGUAUACACAAAGAUAUGGGUGUUGGUUAUAGAGGUGAAUUUUAACAAGGGAAGUUUUGGGUUUUUUGGGUUUUUUUUUUUAAACUUGCAUGUUCUAUGGUUAACUAUCCAAGAGUGUAACAAGUUAUUCUAGCUUUUCCCAGUACUAAUUAUAUUGGUUUUAAGAAGUCUUCAUGAUCACAAGAUGGCAUUUUCUCUUCAAUUAUGAACCCAGAGGGAUAGACAAUACCACCCAGACAGUGACUUCAACUUCUUUGACUUGGACAGAAUCCCCACUGUCUCAUUGAGUUUCUCGUACUGAAUGUCUUGCCAAGUGUGAAACCACAAUAUAUAGUUUGUGAAAAAUUGAAGGCUACAGAUAAUUUUGCAUGAUUAAAGCCCAUUAGGGCUACUGAAACUGACAUGUUUUUUAGCCUUUCUGGUUAAAUGAAAACUACAAUGGCAAACCAAUUCACCAUUUACUAGCUUUGUGCAAUAUUAUAAUGGUAGAAGCAAAACACUAGCACAUUGUGCUUGGCUUUUAAAGAUGGCUUUACCACUGUACAUUAAACGGAAGUGUGCACAGUGUAUUGUAAAUGCCAACUCCUGCAAAUUUACAAUACUUAAAUAUGCUCCAUUAAUAUUCUAAAGUAUUAAAAGUACAAAGAAAAAACUAAGCAGGCAUUUAUAGCAAUACUCUGAAAUCUCCAAUAAUUGUUUUGACUGUUGCCUUUUGCUCUUUAGUGCAACUUUUCUGCGUUGUAAUUAUUGUAUUGCUUUGUAUUUUCAUGUUUUUUACACUCAUGACUUCAGAAGUAAGUACUUGUACCGCAAGUACUGCAAUCACCUUCUCUUCUUGUACAUGCAAUGUAACAACAUGCAGUUUUGGUGCUUAACAAUAUUCCUUUUUUUCUUUAAUAAAAGAUAUUUAUUGAGUUAAA